CACACUCUCACACACUCUCACACACACACUCACACACACAAACACACACUCACACACACACACAUUACACGUCCCCCUCACUCUCGCCCGGAGUUUAUUGCCAGUCUUCAUAUCAGUUUACUGCAGAAUCACACAAACAUAUCAACAGUAUUCCCCCCAUGUGUUUAGUCCUAAAGCAUUUUAAACAGGUAAUUCAUUUUGAUUAUUUGGGGGGUGUCUAUAAACAAAAACUGACGUCUCAUUUGGUUAUUUUCAUCCUCAAACCAUGGUGCUGUUUCUUAUGCACAGAAGUGUUUGGGUUAAGACAUUAAUAGAGGAUGGUGGCUAGUUUUUGUUAUUCUUUUGUUUGGAAGUAUUUGAUGGUAUUAAAUCAUUAGUUUAGCAGAUGACUGUGUCCCAUUUGUGCAUAUAUGAAUCUUAAAUGAAGCAAACCGGGCAUGAUACCUCAAAUAAAGGUUCGGACAAAACAGGAAGUCGAAAACAGGAAGUCAAGCCCUCUAGCCUCUGUGCCACAAUGCUGUCCUAAAAAGUAUAUUUUGUGCUUCUUGCAUCAGUUUAUUUCUUAUUUUUUUGUGGGAAAGGAAUAUUGACUCCACCCAGGAUAGAGCAAUGGUGCUAAGAAAUAUGGGUUGACACUUGUUUUACAUGCGGAUGCAAGUAUAGGAACAGUUUAUGACUGCAAAUAAAGUGGUUCUGUGCUGAGCGGAAGUGGGGAUGUGCUGUAGAUGACAGCAUCCUGUGUUUGGGCUGGUCUGAGCACCAAUCCAUGUGACCUCUGGAGUCACAGGGCCCCCUGCAUCUUUCCCCCAUUUCCCCACCUUUGAGCCCUUAGCUGACAGAUGAAAUGUCAUCACUUGGCUUAGCAGAUAUACGCCCCCCCCCCCCCCCCCGCCCCCGAUCCCCAGUGUAGUUGGUCACUGCCGUUUGCCUCACAGUGACCAUGAUGCUGGAGAGCACGGGCUUGCUUAGAGGCUCGGGGUGCCAUGGUGAGAUUAUUCAGUGGAAACUCCAUCUACCUCCAGCAGUUUGAGCAUUGCAGAACCCUCUUCCACCCCGUCAUAUGACCAUAUAAGGAAAUGGGAGUCGGCCAAAGGGGUCAAGUUUUUAAUAACUUUUUUCUUUCCUCUUAUCAAAAUGUUUUCUUUGGAGUAUUUUCUUAGGGCCUCUCUGUAUGCCUGUCUGGCUCUCCCUCCCUCUCUGGCCUAACUGUUGAGCGCGUGGUCAUGGUUUGGCUGUAGAAUCAUUCUAGAUCUGCGAGAUGCAACUGGCUGACUGUACGUCCUGAUCUGUCCCUGACCCACAGUGCACUGCUGUACUUCCGGAGAAUGUUGUGUAGCAAGAUGUUUGUUUUAGACCGAAUACAUGUUCUUCAUUUUGUUUACUUGCAUUUUUUUCUUCUGUUUUUGAUUUCCACAAAGGAAUCAUGCUGGUUUAGCAUGAAGAGGGAACAAACUCCAACGACAAAUAUAUAUAUAUAAAAAGGAAUAAGUGUUGUAAUUUGCUGGUGUUUUGCUAAUAAUUUUAACUCGUGCUGAGAAAUGGUGUGGGCGAAUAGUAAAGAAAAAAUAAACUUGGAGGGCAGCUGACUCAACUGUGGGUAAAAUGGAGGCUUCCACUCAAACUGUAUGUAAAUAUAUUUCUUAGAGAAUGUCUUUAAUAAUAAAAAAACUAUUGAAGUAAGUAAAGCCAGUAUUUUCUGUAUUUUAAAAUGAAUUUCACAUGACUUCUCUUGUCUUCCCCUGUGAUGUGCGGUUGACUGGCGCACAGAGAUACCGUCGUGUCUGGUCCAGGAUUUACUGCUUAAACGUGGCGUUGAGUUCGCUGACAUUUCCUCAGGUCUGUGUCGUAUCUGAAGCCUGACGCAUUUAAAUCGAGACUAGGCAGUGGCGGCGGCCAUCGCACUUCAGAUCAAACACUAACUUAAAAGUGAAACUAUUUUGAGUAGCACCUAGCCCCACCCAUCUACAUAAAAUGCCUCCCAGGCUGAGCGACGGCAGUGGAUGGCGGGUACUGUGAGAACAGGUGCACGCGUGCUGGAAGAGCGAGAUGGCAGAGUACGAGGGGGUCCAGCAGGCAAAAAAACAGGAUUUUUCCAAAAGGAAGCUGACAGAUCUACCUCCGGAGCUGUUUGCCCGAGCCAAGCAGGUGGAGAGCCUGGAUCUCCAGGUGAAUCAGCUGAAGCAGGUCUCUCUAAUCUCCCAGCUGGAAAACCUGAAGGAACUGUUUCUGUCCUGGAACAAGCUCUCCGAGUUCCCCCUGGAGAUCAAAGAGCUGGGCUGCCUGGAGGUGCUGUACCUGAAUCAGAACAGUGUGGAAUGCAUACCCAACGGGGUGUUUGCCAUGUUGGGUAAACUGCGGCGUCUCAACCUGAGCAGCAACCUCCUGUCCGAGCUGCCCUCCGACCUGCAGAAGUGUGUGCGUCUGGAGUUCCUCAACCUCUCCAGCAACCGGCUGCGGGACCUGCAGGGGGCGCUGGGCCUCCCAAAGCUGAGGGAGCUCUACGUGGACAACAACCGUCUGGUGGAGCUUCCCGCCGAGCUCUUCCUCAACACGGGCCUGGCCGACUUCCGGGCGGCGGGGAACCCCCUGAGGAGGCCUCCCGAGGAGGUGUGUGCCGGCGGCCUGAAGGAGGUGCGGAGCUAUUUCAGCCAGAUGGGGGCGGGCGGCCAGACUCAGCCGGCCCCCAGGGUGAAGGUCAUGUUCCUGGGCUCCUCCAUGGCGGGGAAGUCCACCCUCUGCCGCAGCCUGAGGGCGGGGCAUGCCGUGGAGGUGGGCGUGACCGACCGCACCGUGGGCAUCGACAUAUGCGAGGUGAAAAAGCAGGGCGUUCAGAUGCUCUUCUGGGACUUUGCCGGGCAGGAGGAAUACUACCUCACCCACCACGUCUUCAUCACUCCACACGCCUUCGUCAUCCUCGCCAUCAACCUGGCCAGUUACAGCAUCUCGGAGCCCCAGUCUUUCAAAGACAACGUGAGCUUCUGGAUCAAUAACAUGAUGAUGAGGGCUCCGUGCUCCGUGGUGCUGCCCGUGGGCACUCACGCAGACCAGUGCCCCGACGCCCACCUCAAGGAAGAGGACAUAAACAGGAAAGCCAAGGCCAUGCUGGAGGACAGGAGGUCCAAACUUGAGCAACGGAUAUCGAACAUCAAGGACAAAGAUGACCCCACCCCAUUCACCAAGCAGCUGAACAGACUCUAUCAGCUGACCACUUACAACCUCACGGUGCUUGACGUGAUGCUCAUGGACUGCACCAAACCUGCAGAGAUUGAGAAGCUGCAGGAACACAUCCUGAAACACAUUUACAACAAGGACCUGUUUCCCAACUUAGAGAGAACAUUGCCACAGAGCUACCAAGCGGCAGAGUCUUCCGUACGAGACCUCAAAAGAAAUAAAAACACUCCAGAGCAUGGAAUUGUGGACAUUAAUGAACUUAAGAAACACACUCUCGUCAAGGAUCUGGACACAGAGGACUGGCACAGCAUACUGCGUUACCUCCAUCGGAUCGGGAUCAUCGUGUGGUACGAGGAAAUUGAGGCCCUGAGGGUCAAGGUCUUCACCAAACCAUCCUUCCUCAUCACACUGUUCAAGACGGUGGUCAGACACGACCUGGUCAGGUGUUUGGAGGAGAUUCCCCACAACAUCCUGCAGAAGGUAAACAGCCUGGGGAGGCAGAGGGGUGCCUGGGUGAGCAAUCUAAAGGGCAAGGCCACCCUGCACAACAGCGCCAUCGCAGCCCUGGCCCACAGGUCCCUCGCGCAGCUGGACGUGGCAAAAGACAAGAGCAUCAUGCGUGCACUAGCAGGCUCCACCAAUAAAGAGGGAGAACUGGUGUGCUUGCUCAGGCAUUUCGACAUCUGCCUUCCCACCACACUUGCCAGUCCCCUCAACCCCAAUGCCCAGGAGUUUGACCCAGGUAGGGAGUGGAGUCCCAGCCGGCCCUCGGUACCUACGCUGGUUAACCGGGACACCGCCUACCUGUUCCCCAGUUACCUGAAGGAUGCCGGCGUUGUGAGCAACAUGUGGGGAGAGGACAACAUGGAGGACCUCAGAGUUACUGUCUAUUUCCUACCCGAAAUCCCCUACGGCGUCUUCCACAGGCUCAUCGUUCGGGCCUGCUCCCUGUAUUCCACCUACUGGGUGGGCAGAGACUACUUUUUGUUGGGCUACAGUAGCACUCUGGUGCUGCUGAGGCAGGGCUCUGAGGGGGAGGACCAGUACAUACAAAUACGCUGCAGAAGGCCUGCAGCGAGCGCGGAUUUCAGACGCUCGUGGGACCUGAUCCUGGCCGUGAUGUGGAAGCUGUCGGAGCUGGCGGAACAGUGGCCCGGCCUGUUCCAGAUCACCUGCAGUCCCUGCAGACAGCAAGGCUGCCUCCACGACUUCCAGUGGAGUGACAUUCGCAAUCUGGGCGGGCUGGACAUCUACAAGGUCGUGAAGGAAGAAAAACUAGUGUGCAAUAAUGGCCAUACCUGCCGAACUGAAUUACUUUUCCCAAAAGUCCCAAAUGAUCCAAAAACUGACAGCGCACAGCUUGUCACCAAUCAGAACAUCACUACAGAUCACAUGAUCGUGCAUGUCGUCUCCCCCUGAAGGCCACUGAGGUCUGUGAAUGCCCUGCAUGUUGAGCUGAAAACAGGAGGCGGAACCAUGAGCACUUCUGACCAAUCGGAACUCAGUUCUCACAGCUCACAAUAAUGAAGUCAGCUACCGUCAGAUUCUGACAGGUCCCAAUAUCUGUCAUCUUGUUUUAGUCACAAAGUUAAGAGGAGACUCAUCACAGCUACUUUUUAACCUGUUUUAGAUUUUGGAGACAUACUUUAUAUGCAUGCUUCCUCUUCUGCUUUACAUGCCUUGGAUAUGGUUUACCACAACGCUUUACGUUUCAUUACAGGUGCAAAAUUUUUAACCCAUCAUUGUCUCCUAUAUGAAUGGUCUGGGUUUACUCCUUUACAUCUGCACAGAUUGACCCACUGGUACAUAUUCAUCUACAAAACAAUAAUUGGUCUACACCCUUCCUACCUCAGCUGUCUGCUAAUUAGAAAUUCACAGUUAUCACGUCCGCUCUAGGGACCUGAUACUCCUUAAAGUCCCUCGUCCCAAUACUGAAUUCGGUAAGAUGGGUUUCAGAUAUUUUGCACCUUACAGCUGGAACAAUCUGCAAAAGAAUUUUAAACUUGACAAAUUAACUUCAAUUGUGGACUUUAAACAUGCAAUGUAUGACUCUGUGACCGAAGUAUGCUCCUGCUUUUAACCUCUUUUAACCUCUUCUCUACUUUUAAUUAUUGUUACACCUCUGUCUCAUUCCACAUU